AUGAGUCGGGUGCUGAUGACUCUGAACAAGAAGUUAGGAGGAGCCGAAAGAGGAAGUCCAAGAGACGGCCAAGCAGGCGAAGCAAGAGCAACAGGGGUAGCAGUAAGAGAAAAAGUAGUAGUAGUAGAAGGAAGGAAGCUGAAACGCUCAUCCUCUUCGCUGUCAAAGCGCAUCAAGAGCAAGAGCGAUUUGAAUGAGAGUUCCGAUGGUGAAGUAGAUGCAAAAAGUAAGGAGAAUGAUGAUGAGAUGAUUGAGUUGCAGAAGAAAACUGCUAUGGAUAAUGAACCGGUGGUUGGGCCAGUGCCAUUGCCGAGGGCUGAAGGACAUAUUAGCUAUGGUGGGGCACUUAGGCCUGGUGAAGGUGAUGCCAUUGCUCAGUAUGUUCAACAAGGGAAGCGUAUUCCACAUAGAGGUGAAGUGGGUCUUUCAGCGGAUGAGAUUUUGAAGUUUGAGAGUCUUGGGUAUGUAAUGAGUGGUAGUAGGCAUCAGAGGAUGAAUGCCAUUCGUAUCAGAAAGGAAAACCAGGCUUAUAGUGCCGAGGACAAGCGAGCUUUGGCAAUGUUCAACUAUGAGGAGAAAGGAAAGCGUGAGCAGGAGAUGGUUGAUUUGCAGCGUUUGGUGCAACGCCACAUAGGGAAUGAUGCUGGCCCUUCUCAUGAUCCGUUCGGUGGGGGGGAGUGUUGA